AUGUCUACUCCUCGCUUUUGUGUAAAGUAGAGAGUGUCUGGUUCAACAAAAACUGACAUCUUUAUAAAUCUAUGUUCAAAGGUUAGUACAAAUAUUAGGUCUUAACUUUUUUAAAUCAUUGGCAGAUUUAAAGUCUGCAAGUUAGGCGUUUGUGGGUUUAUGUUUUUGUGUGUGCUGUGUGCGUGUAUAGAGAGAGAGAGAGAGAGAGAGAGAGAGAGAGAGAGAGAGAGAACCUAUUGACAUAUUGGGUCAUUUCCUCAUCAAACUCUUUUGACGCAGUGAGAAUUCGAGGUCUGAGUGAACAUAAAAUAAGAAAAACAAAGGUAAGAAACCAUCACCUGAAACCUUGAUUUAACAGAUUAAACCGCUGCAGAAUUGGAUUUAUGAUUUCUCCGUCUUACAGGAAGAUGAAGAAGACAUUUGUAUGUGAUGAAUCCAUGAUCAUCACCAUUCCUAUUGGGAGUCUGAGGAACACCACUGAGGGUCAUCUGAUGCCUGAGAAGUUCAACUGUGUGUACAGAGACUCCUACAAGGUGUUUGCUCUCAAAGGGAAACCUAAAUCUCUUGGAGUAAGUUGGGCCGUUUGCAGAUCAUUACAAAGCUUUGUGAAUAUAAUUUUCUGAAAGGCUGUGUAUUUCUCUGUUUCUCUAAGGCAGCUCAGGCUGUAGCUGGGGUGUUUAUUCUCACCCUGGGUCUGAUUUUUGGUCGGACAGAUGCUGGUGUGAGGUUCGACAUCUGGAUCUUUACCCUGCCGAGCACUGUGGUAAAGAAAAAUGCAGAUAAAUGUAUUCACACUGAAAGUAGAGAGUUUUUUGAGAGACCCUUUCAGUUUUAUUUAUUGGGAAAAUAAAAUAGUAAACUAAUUCUUCAGGUAUUUCCACUCUUCGUUUGCUUUUACAGCUGCUGUUUAAGAAAGUUAAUCUUUGGUGCACAUCUAAUCCUCAACUUCCUGUUACUAUGACAAUGUCGCCGCAGGAGAGCAAUGAUAGUUCACCAUCUCACCCAGACUUUUCUUAUAUUCUGUCAAAAUGUAUUAUCAGGAGAUGGUCAGUGUGUCAUUCCUGUGCCUCACGAUGUAUGUAUUUUUAAAUAUAUUUAUGUUUUUGGUCUUUAUCUCAGUUUGUGGUCUCUGGUAUGCUGUCCUAUGCUGCUGGACGAUUUCCAAACAUACAUGUGGUAAGAUUAAAAUAUAUAUUAAGCUAUUAAAAAAUUACAUUUUUCUGAAGAAAUUUUAAAUUGUUAUUUUAACAAAGGUUUUGACCUUUUUGGUUUAAAAUAGGGUUAUGUAUUGUCUAAAUAGUGAACACCUUUAAAACAUGGUAGCAAUGACAGUUUUAGAGACUGGAUUUCUCUCAGGAUGUUUUCUUAAUUGAACCCUAACAAGACUGAUUUCUGUGUCUAAAACCAAAAUUUAGACGUGCUUCUCCAAACCCAAAAUUUUAGUUACAAAUGGGGAUUGUUCACAACAUCAGAUUGGAAAAGUGCAUUCAACCAUAUGGAUUUUUUAAGCAGUAAAAUACAAUGAAAGGUUUGCAGUAUAACUAAAAGUCAUAAUUUUGAAUAACUAAUAACUAAUAAGUUAAUUUCAGUUAAUAAUAAAAUUUGACAUCCUAUUUAUCAUCAGCAAUGGAAGCCAACAAAAAAAAUUGAAAGAUUUUCAGACAAAAGUGAAGAUUUGUUAAUGAAAUUGAAAUUAUUACAUUUAUUGAUUAGUUUUUGUAAGAAAUAAUUGAAUGUAAUGAUUUUAAAAUCAUUUGAUCAUGGUCUGUAAGAAUCAGAAUUUGAUUUAAAAAUGGAAAUGGAUUUUUCAGGGUCCCUAACAAUAAUGGCUUGUAUGAUGUUGAACUCCUGCAUUAUUUCUGCUUCUUGCCAGACGAAGCUGUCCUUCUCUCUGAACAUUAUCAGCAUCUUCUGGUCCUUUGUGGCUGUUCUUUUCAGUGCAAUGUGGUUGUAUGAUGUGCAAAUGCAAAGCUCUAAGAAUAUUCAGGUAAAAGAAAAAAUCCAGAAUGCAUAAAAGGAAUUCCUUUUUGGCUUAUUAAAAUACAAAGCGUAUGUGUUUGAACUUUUACACAUGCUCUGACUUUUCACACAGCUCUGCAGAGGGAUCAACGGCCUGAUCAUGACGCUGCUAAUUGUUGAAAAGCUCUUAGCUAUUGUCUUGACAUACUGGUUGAGUAAAGCUGUAUGCAGGGAACAUUUCAACACUUUGGUAAGUCUGUCUUUGACCAAACACUAACUUUAUACAGUGUUCCAUAAAUAGUGUUUCUGACUAAUGUAUUAUUUUUUACAGCCCAUCAUUCUGCUGAAACACGCAGAGUGAACUAGAAGACUUAAUGGGGCCCAAAAAACAACAUCAUCAAUUUACUCGCAACCUACUUUUUAAUCUAUAUAUUCUGCAUGAGAAUACCAUCAUCAGAGGAUAGGUAAUGAGUUUCCAGAUUAUCUUUUUUUAAAUAACCCCCCACUGUGUGAAGAGUGUGCAGAAGACAAUGUUUUAUAUUUCUCAGCAUGCAAAGACUGUUGAUUCAAACUGUUUUUUUCUCUGUAAAGCAUAGAAGCUGUUCAGAUUAUUUUAUAUCAUUUAUUUUAAUUUCUCUGUAAAUAUUUUUGUUCUAUUUACACGCAUGGGUGUUUAACUUGAUCUCUCUCAGCAAAGUUUUAUCUGUGAAUAAAGGUGAUUAUUUGACUUGAU